AUAUUAUUAAUGAUGAGUGGAAAGAUAUUACAAUUAAUAUUACAAAUAAUGAAGUUAUUUUAAGUGAAGAUGAUUUUACAAAAUUAAUUAAUAGAACAAAUCAAUUAGAAAUAUUUCAAGCAGAAAUUAAUCAAAAAUUAAAUAAUAAAAUAGAUUUAAAUACUUCAAUAUCAAAAACUUUUCAUUCUAUUUAUAAUAAUCUUGAAACAACUCAAUUUUCUAAAAAUAAGAAAAAAUUUACAUUAUCAGCUCUUCAGCUAACUGUAGAUAUUAGAAAUCUUCCUGCUGGAUAUCAUUCAUCUUUUCCACCUACAUUAAAUAAAUGUGAUGCUUGUAAAAAAGUUCUUGUUGAAACUAUAGAAGGAAAUAAAAUUAUUUUAAUUUGUGGACAUGGAUAUCAUUUAGAUUGUUAUAAAAAAAAUCAUAAUAGAUGUGAACAUUGUAUACAAUAUUAUAAAAAAGGAAUUUUUGAAAAUGUAAAAUCAUUUAUAGAAAGAUUAGAAAGUACACAAUUUUUAUCAGCACAAGAUAGUAUUAAUUUAAAAUAUUUAACAGCUCUUAAUGAUAUACAUAAUUGGUAA